GAAAUAUUUAACAAAAUGUUUCAUUCAGAUGUUAAAAGGCUAAAUAAUAGACAUAAAAGAGAUGUGGCUGAUCGCUCCAAGAAUUGGGGUAAGAAGAAGUUUACACCGAAUGCAUUUCGACGCACCGAAGCAGAGCCUGUUCCCGAAGAGACUUCGCAGCCGUGGAAUCAUGUGAAGAAUGACAUUUUGGAUGGCGAACACGAAGAGCGCAACGCGGAACGCUUCGAUAUGAACAGCGCGCAGGCCAAGGAAUUUCGCAGGCAACGCGAACAAAAUCACAGACGCAACAUAAUCGAAACAAGUCGCAACACAAAAACCAAAUGGGAAAGUUUUGAUGAUGACAACAACGCUGCUGAAACAUCCGAAUCCAAGACAAACCCAGGCAAAAAGAACUAUAAAGAAACCAUGACCAGCAAGACGAAAAGAUCGAUUAUGGAAAAUCCUCAAAAUAUGGACUUUACGCAACGCAAUUAUCUACGCAGAAAAUUAACCAAAGCGGUAAUGACUCAAAAAAAUGAUAGCUUAAAUGCAGCCAUUCAGGAUAUGAAGAGAAACGCUUGCAAAGUGCACAAAGAUCAAAUCCAACCUCUUAACAAGAACAAUAAAUUUCGCAAUAACUAAAAGUAAAAAAAAGAUAUAACAAAACAAUUGUGAUUUUUGUUUUCUUUUUUU